GAAAUCAAUGUAUUGACAGUAGCAUUGGUCAACCAAGACAGAGAAAAAAAUUCAGAGAAACGAAGCCCGGGUCUAAAAUCAGAGAAAGAGGCACUAUUAAUAGGUAUCAUAUCCACAUUUCUUCACGUCCAUCCUUUUGGAGCCAAUAUAGAAUAUCUUUGGUCUUAUAUGCAGCAGUUGGACUCCAGGAUCUCUGCAAAUGAGAUAGAAAUGCUUUUGAUGAGACUGCCACGCAUGUUUAAACAAGAAUUCACUGGUGUGGGAGCAACACUGGAAAAGAGGUGGAAGUUUUGUGCCUUUGAAGGAAUUAAAACUAUCUGACUGUGACUAGUAAUGAAGCUAUGCAGAAGAAUAAUUCCUAGAGCAUGGCAGGGUUAUAAAGUAUUAAAGUAAGAAAUUUGGGUUUGGGCACGUAGUAGUAUGUUUUCAAAGUUAUCCAAGCCUAAUUUUAGUUACAUUUGUGACGUUCUCUUGUGAGUGGAAAUGUAGUUGUGCAGCAGUUCUUAAAAUAAAAUUAAAAAAAAAAAAAAUUUCAAAAUGUGACAGAUCUGUUUCCUAUGAAAACUGAAGAAAGAUACCACAGUCAUAAUGAUUUCAAAAUACUACAUGUCCUACAUCUAAGAAAAGCUCAUUGAGCAAACAGUUAAGGAGAAAGAUUGCCUGGUUAUGGUCGCUAAGCUACAGCGACGUAUAUGUAGUGUAUAGUAGAACUCAUUAAGUUUCGUUAUUGAAAGUUCUUUCUGUUUAGUAAGAAAACUAAGUAAUUUUACAGUGAGGAAAAGCAUACCAAAAGAAAACUUGAAGAUGUGUCUGAGGUUAUUGUAUUUUGUAAAUUAAGUUAUAUGCUGUACCAGGGAUUUUUGCCUUAUUGAAAGAGGCCUGAAAAUGUGCUUGGAGUCCUCAAGAAUGCUUUAUCAAGAAUAUUAUUUUUCUAAUGUAACUAUUCUCCAUUACAAGUUCUUUUAACAUGGAUUGCAUAUCGAUUUUCAUAAACAUGUAAAUAAGGAGGAAACCAGUGUUACUGUAUUGUAUUUGGUAUGUAACAUUCAGGUUUAUGCAUCAAAAUAAAUAUUCAGUUGCAUUACUGUUACAAAUUUUAUAGCAGAUAUAUUAAUUUUUAUCAAUAAAUAUGACUUCUACCA